AUGUUUGGCAUCAUUGCGGAUUUACUAUCCUCCGCGCUCACCAUCCUCUUCCCUAUCUUCGCAUCUUACAAAGCACUCCGAACCUCCGACCCUUCCCAAUUGGCACCAUGGCUUAUGUAUUGGGUUGUAAUGUCUAUAGUGUUGCUGGUUGAAUCCUGGACAUAUUUCAUCGUCAGAUGGUUCCCAUUUUACAGCUGGAUCCGCCUCUUCGCCCUCUCCUACCUCGUCCUCCCGCAAACCCAAGGCGCCAAGCUGCUCUACCAGCAAUACAUCGACCCCUUCCUCCUCCUCUACGAGCGUGAAAUCGAACAAUUCAUCAGCCAAGCACACGACAGCGCCAAAUCCGCCGGCCUCGAGUACCUCUACAAAGCCAUCGACUUCAUUCGCGAAAAGGUCCUCGGCCUACCCACCACCGCCCCUCCUCCCCCGCAACCACCGCCGGCAGCCGGAGCAGCGGGUUUCGCCCAAUCCUUACUAUCCCGCUUCACCAUCCCUGGCGCCGCGGGUGCCGCAUCCUCACUUGCCGGCCCCGCUGCGGAUCUGUACUCCCUGCUGGCCACCGCUGUGGGGUCAGCAGCCGCCUCGGGGAAAACCAGAGACAUGCAGGCUGAGGAGCUUAGCGCCAGCGGCAAGCUGAUUCCUGAUAGCAUUGCCACGGCGUCGAAGGCGGAGCAGGCGGAGUAUAUCGCGUCGCAGAAGGAGCGGCUUGGGGUCCUUUUAUCGGCGUUUGAUCGCGAGCAGCGGAACCUGCGGUUGGAUCCGAGGGGUGUCGGGGUUAGUAGUGAUCAGGAUGAUUUGGCGUAUGGGAGUAGUGGGUAUGAUGAGUAUGAGCGGGGAGCGGGGCUGAGGAAGAAUCGGAGUGAUGUUUCGUUUGAGAAUAUUGAGCAUGAGGAGUUUUUGGCGGGGGGCAGGGAGGGGAGGCAUCAUUCGCGCAGCCCACACCGGAGGAAGGGGGGGGAUGAUGUGGCGGAUUUUGCGAGGAGGUCUGUGGAGGAGAUUGCGAGGGCUUCGGGCGUUUAUCGGUAG